AUGAAGAGGCUGUUGAUCGUGCGAAGGUGUGAGCCGAUUGUGCGGUUCAGCUGCUGCAGCGUGCGCUACGGGGAGUGCCGUCGGAACCAUGCGGCAAGCACAGGAGGCUACACCAUCGACGGGUGCCGUGAGUUUAUCGCUGAAGGGGAGGAGGGCACUGGCACCGCUCUCAAGUGCACGGCCUGUGGUUGCCACCGCAGCUUCCACCGCAGGGUGCAGGUGUAUGAGGGAGCUCCCGCCCCACCUCCCAGCAGCCAGCGCCCAGGUCCCGAGCCUUUGCCUCCGCCAGCCCCGCCCCUCCCCCCGCCGCCGGUCGCCGCCACGCGGCCACAGCACCUUCGCCGCCGGACGCCGCAUCUGGCUCCCGUCCCGCGUGGCUGCGCGCCAGUGCCCCCCGGACCCGGCCCCUGCUCCGUGAGCUCCGCCCCGGCCAUCUCCCUCCCUCCCGCGGCUUCGCCACUCCCGGCCGCCGUCUCCCUCCGUUCCUCCCAGAAGGACGAGGUGACUUCCGCGGGAAGGUGCGGCGGCGGCGGAUCAAAGACCGCAGGAAGGUGCCGCGGCGGUGGAUCGACGGCAGCGGCCCGCGGGACGAGGCGACGGUUUUUAGUUUCAUUUUCACUUGAUUUCUUCAGUGACAUGCAUCCCCGGACAUUUGAUGCAGUAUGGCACAGUGAGGCGUGUCGAAUCUCUUCUGGCACACUGCUGCUGCGACCUAUUGCCGUCGAUUUCUUUAAAAACCGCCAAAGAGAAAGUAGGUCAGAUUCUUAGAAGAAAUUAUGUAUGUUUGUAUGUAAUACCCUUAAAUUUUCUGAAUAUUUUGUCAGAUGUAUAAUCUUAUAAUAUGGAAUAUUCUCCCUGUAAGGACAUUUCAGCAGGUCAGCACCACAAAAGUUCAUAUUUAACCAGUGUGCUUGGUAUUAUGUCCAGCAAGCAGCUGGGAAAAAGAUCUUGGAGUGCUGAAAACAACAUUUGAUGUAUAAAUUUCCUGAAUUCCUUUGAUAUAUAAAGUGCAACAUUUGUAUGUGGAUUC